GUUGUGUUCUCGUGAGUGUUAGUGACUUGUCUUUACCGCAGAUUACGUAACAUUUCUAGUAUUUGGACCGUAUCUAAGGCUACGUAGUCCUGUCGGAUGUUCAGUUUCAGUUACCCAAGCGAAUAUUGGUGCAGUUAUCUAACGAAAUGGGAUCUUAUAUUGAUGAGGAUACUGGUGAUAAUUCAAACAUCUCUGAAAUAACACUACAGUCGGACACUUCUAUGAGUGAACAACAAAAUGCUCUUACUCUAUGGCAACGAGCAUUCAAGAAGGUUAAGUCAAUAGACCUGGACUCAUGGAGCAAUCUACCAUGGGAUAAAUGUCCUGUUCGAUGCGCCCUCAGACACCGGUACAGCGCAAUCAAGAAGAAAUGGGUUGUGGAUGAAGUGCAGAUCAAAAUGGAAUCAGAACCGUUUGACCGUGGAGCAAUGCGGGAAUGCUUUAGAAUGAAAAAACAGAGUCAGAGAGCAUCAGGUACUAAUGACUGGCACCAUACGUCAAAUUAUGUGGCCAAGCGAUACAUAGCCCCUACAGACAAACAGAUAUACUUUGACGAUGUACGUCUACAAAUGGAAGCAAAGUUAUGGGGUGAAGCUUUCAAUCGCCAUAAUCCUCCCAAAAAGGUGGAUAUCUUCCAGCUGUCUAUUCUCGAAUUGUCUCCUGACAGUUCUGUUGGUAGUGAUCAAUUAGAUUUUUCACCAGUAUUUUUUCAUAUUGAACGCUUUAUGGAAGGAGAAUAUCGUAAAUACAACUCAAAUUCUGGCUUCGUUGAUGAGUGCUUACGUAAUACCCCACAGACCUUUAGCCAUUUCACAUUUGAACGUUCUGGUCACCGAUUGUUAGUAGUAGAUAUCCAAGGUGUUGGAGACUUGUACACUGAUCCUCAAAUUCAUACAUCAGAUGGAGUGGGCUACAAUGACGGCAAUCUAGGUACGCGGGGUAUGGCUUUAUUCUUUCAUAGCCAUAGAUGUAAUCCUUUAUGUAAAUGGCUGGGAUUGGCCCAAUUUGAUUUAGCACCCUCUGAAUUAGAUGAGCCAAUGCGGUGUCAACAAACUGACCAAAUUCCACCUAACCCCUCAGAAAAAGAAGUUAAUCAAAUUGACCUGAGUAUAUAUGGGAUGUUUCGCAAAUCGAAAUUUCGUCGACGCACAAUCAGUCUAAAUAAUCAGAUGUCCUGUAAAUCUCCGUCUCACUUAUAUGGUCCGACAGUUGUUCGUUCAUCUGAGAGCAUGCUCAUGUCGGAACUUUCUGAAACUCGUCGUCGUUGUGCUAGUGUCUCACUUUGUGAUCAUCCUAAAUCUGUGGGACAAAGUUCGGAUUGCGUAUCAUCUUUCCAUUCAGUAGGUGACGGUCUUUCAUUCGACAGCCCUGACGCUCUGAAGCUUCGUGAAACAUGUCUAAAUCCCCCUUUCCAGCUAUCAAGCCGCCAACUUUCACCUGAUUUAAAUAUAUCUGGUCAUGGACAGAGUUGUCCACAACCAAUGCAAAAUUUCAGUUCGAUUGUCCCCAAGCAACCGGAUUCAAGAAAUCGUGCAGCAUCUGGUGACUCGGGAUAUGUUGGACGAAUUAAUUUAAUCCAACCUUGUUCCGACCUACCUGUUAGUAGAUCUCACGAAAUUGCUUCUGGAUUCGAUCAAAACUGUGUGGAUUUUUGUGGUGAUUCUACCUCAGUUGAUUUACCAGUACGUGUAUCUCAAUCUAAUGUCCUGGGUAUGCGGUCCUUAGAAUCUCAUUCAUUAGUGGAUGAAGCCUUUCCUACGGGAUCAAAUUAUUCAAUUUCCAAUCGUAGUAUCUUUAUUUCCAAAAGACAGCGUAAUAUCAGUGAAUCUAGUGAUGUAGAUGCGGAAGAAUGUCAUCGUGUGCCAGGAAAUUUGUUGUAUCAACUAAUGCAUGAAAAUCACAAACCCAGUUGUGCCGAUCAUCCUACAAACUUGGAUCAAGAAAUUGGCCAUUCCAUUCUUGGGCAAGUAAGUCCAAAUUAAAUUUAUAAAAAUUAAAGAACAAGGUAUAUUCCUUUUUUAAUGAAACUUAUCAUACACAAUCCUAUACUUUAUCCAAAGUUUCCUGGAAUUCAGUCAAAUCUUCCUGAUAAAGUUAUCUGACAAAUAAUCAUUCUUUCAAUGAAUUUGUUAAACAAUUCUCAUAAUGGAAAUUAAAAUAUAAUUUAUGUUACCACAUUAUUUAAGCAAACCGUCCAUUGGUUGUCGUCUUAACACUUUAUCAGCUAAUCUGGGAUUGGUUAGUUGUUAUACUUCCAGAAACUAUGUGAGGAUCCCCUUUUUGUUCAUUCAUUUCGGAAACUUUCACACUAAAAUGGAACUUUAUUCUAAUGAUGAAUAUUUCCUGACCACUUCAUGCCUAACACCGUCUAAGUCUAUGUGUUGUGAGUUAUUCUUCUGAAAAUCCCCAUAAUUUUGUCUACAAAAUGGAGGGACAUUGUGUGGUCUUCUGUACAUUCAUUAAAUAUCCAUUCAGCUUAAAGACCCGUCAUAUUUGUUUUGUAUAUUUUUAUAUCCUCAUUAAAUCUGUACCAUAAUCUCUAAUUUUCCCAAAAAGUACCUCAUGAUCCAUCUUCACUGUUUAAGUCACUAGAUCCAAAUAGCCAAAACAUAUACUCUAAAUCAAAUGUUUAUGUUUUCUCCUCAUCUCAUUGAAGUGAUUAAACUAGAAAGACUUGUUCCAGCUUCUUUUGUUUAAUUCAAAUGGUAAUUACUUUUAUACUUCUAACUGAAAUAUCUGGAACACUGAAAAACAUAUAUGAAUCAAAUUUGGCAAAAUCUUUCGAAGAAUUUUCUUUCUAUCUUUACAUUUCUUCAUGAUUAUAAAGUUUGAAGAGUGAACUCAAAUUCAAUCAAUAAGUAAUAAUGUUUGAACCACACAAUUUUUAUGAUGUUGAAAAUAUCACAAUUUUAGAUCGUUUACAAGAAAUGUAUUAAUAAAAUGUAAGUACAUAAUUAAGAAGCAAGGAAUGAAUUAGAUUUCAGUAAAGAUUGUUUAGUCCAAAUAAACGUUUCUGGUUUCAUCAUCUUUCAUUUUCUUUCCCUGAGCAUUUAAGUUUUUCCCCUCAAGUAGACUUGUUCUACUAACUCAUUAAAACUGUUAUUCCAAUUAUUUGUAAUGAACUAAAAAGUGAAGCUUUCUUUUUUAUGAAAAAAAAACAGAUACAUCAUGAACUUGCUAGACUUCAUGAAGCUGGACGUUUCAUUCCAAAUAAAGGUCAAUGGUCACAUGUAGGAUUAAGAGGUGGAAGGAUUUUCAACAAGGACUCUUGGGAAGUUAGUGAGUUCGAAGAAUCACAUAACGAAGCAAAUAAUGACCCAGUAACUUUGAUCGAUUGGUCAGCCGUCCUAUUCCAUGAAGGUCACGCUGCUCAGCUAGGCUGUCUGGAAGCCAUGAUAGUCAUGGCACAUUAUUAUCUUGGUUUACCAACUCAGCUGCUACUGGAGUGCCCAAUAAAACCGGAUCCAAGUGAUAUACGUAUUGGUAUCGAUCAUCUUUGGCGUGCUGCAGAAGGUGGUGAUCGUCGAUGCAUGAUCCUACUCGCUCGCUAUCUAGAUUUGUCAGUUAAUUUCCUAAAUCCAGGACAUCAACUCAACUUCGUAACAAAUUCGCGUGACAUAUUUAUGCUUCCUGCCUUACAAUCGUUUCUUAACAACGAUAGUCAUUCAUUACUUCCCUCCAUAUCCCCCGAUUCUUGGUCCGAAGCUAUAGGGUGGUAUAAACGAGCGGUCGAUAGCGCGGUAGGUUCAUCCGCUUCCAGUGAUGGAUGUACAGAUGAAGGUUUAGAUGCGGAAGGUCACUAUGAUGCUGCUGAAGAUUUGUUACCUGUUUAUCGUAUCUUGGCUCGUAUGGCUGAAAUGUAUUCUGUCGGUGGCUUCGGUCUUAAGCAGAAUUUUUCUUUAGCUGGAGAUCUAUUCACUCAAGCUGCAGAAAUUGCGUCUGGUUCACUACAAGGUCGUCUGGCUGUAAGAUAUUUUGAGUUAGCAGAUGAAGCAUACUCAUCAAGUGAACAAAUCACAAACUGAUAGGAAGUAUAUUUUGACUUCAUAGGCGUCAAAAGGCAUGAUUCAACAUGCUCUAUCCCUGGUGUGCUGUUUAUACAGUUAUAAACAUCAGUACUUGUAUUAUUUUUUACUCUCUUGUUCGUGUAAUGUAUUUCUUACGAUCCAUAACACUAGUUUUGGCACUAUAUUGCAGUUCUUUCUAUCUUACAGUCAUCCGGUUGUACUACUUUUGUUUUGCUUGUUAUAUUUCAAUACACAUUUUUCAUUUAUAUC